GACCUCCUCCCCCUCCGUCAGACUGGCAGAAGCGUACUCGAAUCACGUGUGGAGCGAAACGGAGCACAUAUACGAAACUAUACCGGAGUCGGAUAGCGAGCCGAUAUAUUCCUCUCCUUACGAGCACCAUCGCCACUGGCAUGGUCAUUCUUCCAACAAUCAUCACGAGCGGCCGAGCGUUGUUGCCACGUCUCAAACCACCACCGUUUCCUCGACCAACGCGAACGCGAUCAACGUUGCGUCGAGCACCGUGAUCCAAUACACGCAAACCGGCCAAGGGAAUCAAACGUCGGCCGGUAGAUGGUAUUGCUCGUCGAAGAGCAAUAGCUCGGGCGAGGAAAAGGACAGCUCGAGCGCUUACAAUACCGGCGAGUCGUGCAACAGUAAUCCGCUCACGUUGGAGUUGCAACGGGGCGAGAAAGAUCAUCACAAGAGCACGCUGGUUCUCUGUCCUCCGAAAAUAUCCACGAUUCAUCAUCAUCAGCAGCAACAGCAACACCAACAGCAACUGCAACAACAACAACAGCAGCAGAGA